UGGGUGAAAAGAUUGUCAAAGCUGUCAAAGUUUUCGCGAAUAGUUUCAAAUAAAUAUCAAACAAAAUGGCCCAAAUAUCGUCCGUAGAACAACCCAACAUGAAACAAAUCGACUUGACAACGUUAAGCGUUCCACAAUUGACAGCGUUAAAACAACAGUUAGAUCAGGAAUUAAAUUUGUUUCAAGAAUCUUUGACGUCUCUUAAAAUGGCACAGGGGAAAUUCCAGAAUUCCGGGGAAACUUUGGAGAAAAUCAACCCUGAGUCUGAGGGAAAAGAGAUUUUAGUCCCCCUAACUGGAUCUAUGUAUGUGCCUGGAAAAUUAAUGGACACACAAAAAGUUAUUAUUGAUAUUGGAACUAGAUAUUAUGCAGAAAAAGAUCUUGAUACUGCAAAAGAUUAUUUCCAAAGAAAAACUAAAUUUGUGACAGAGCAAAUGGAAAAAAUCCAGAUUCUUGGACUGGAAAAAAGUAGAAUUAGGGACACAAUUGUAGAAAUUUUGGAGUUAAAAUUAAAACAGAAACAAAAUUGAGUUUUUGCUGUUAUUAUUAUUAUUAUAAAUUUACUUAUUUAUUUAAGGAUAUAAGUUUUUGUGAGUAUUUUAUAAUAAAAC